CGUUGAAUCCCGCCGGUUGCAAGUGGCGCUGGCAGAGCGCAUGCGGAAGCGCGCGCUGAACGCUGGCUUAUGGAGGCAAAGCGCUGCACUUCUGCCGCGGAGGUUCAGGUGCCUUCAGGACACCUCGCCCUCAAAGCCGACACCGACUCAUUGGCAGCGCUGUCGGAGCUGGCGGGGCUGAGGUCGCUGGAAGUGGACGGGCUGGCGGCCGGACAGGUGGAGCAAUUGGCCUUAGCCCUGGGCGGUGGAACGACGCACCAUCAGCCGGCUGCUGACAGUGAGGAACUGGAGGUGGAUCUGUUCGAAGACACGCCGCCGGCCAUCGGAGUCCGGACGUGCGAGCCCGAGCCGCCAGCGUCCGCGGAACCCGCUGGUGAAGAGACGGAGGCUUCGAGCCUGAGAUCCCUCAGCAUUCUGCGGAGCCCUGGCUUGCCUGGGGACGCCUGGUCUCCACUCUGGCAAGCCCUGCCGCGGAGUCUCACGCACCUGGACCUGUCCCACAACGCCCUGAACGACCACGCCGUCAGCGCGCUCUGCGGGGCGCUGCGGCUGCGAGAGGUGCGGCUGGCACGCCUCGGCUUGCAGGGCAAUCGCUGCAAAGACAUCCAGCGCCUGGCGAACUUCUUGGCAGAGGGCGGCGUCGAAGUCUUGGACUUCGCCGACAACGCCCUGAACGACAAGAGCAUUUGGCAGCUUUGCGAGGUGCUGACGGCCCAGAGUUGCAGGCUGCAGGAGCUCUGCCUCAACGACAACCGACGCCUCAGCUCCAAGUCGCUGACGGAGCUCUUCAAGCUGCUGCCAAGGACGCCGCUCCGCAGCCUGGCCUUGCGCCGCACCUCCCUUUGUGAAGCUGGGGUGCAGGGCCUACGGCCCCUCAGACUGCAGCACUUGGACCUGGCAGGGCUGAAGCUGUCGCUGGGCUUGGCGCAGGACUUGUUGGCUGAAGCGGAGGCUUCAUCCUUCAUCCAAGGUCUGGUUUUGGAUGUGGAGGGCCAGCGCAUCUCUUGGCGUCGCUUUCUGGCGACCGAGGCCUUGCCGGAAAUUCGUGCUGCGGCGAUGGCUGAGAAGCGAGAGGCCUCUGCCAAGCUCCUGGCGGCGGAGAGAUGCCUCAAGGUUGGCAAAGCAGAGGAGAGUUUGAAGGAGUCCACAGCCGCUCUGGAGAUUUUCCGCUCCCUCGGUGCGGAUGGUGAGAGUGCUUUGCCAGAUGUGUUUCGGCUGAUCAUCGAUGGCAAGCGCCAGGUGGACCUCCCUGCAGCAGAGCAGUUUGCAGAGACGGAGAAGAGCAACUUCGCAAAGGCUGGCAACAAGCGCGGGGAGGCUGCAAUGCUGAUUUCCAUCGCGGAGGUGGCUCUGAGCCGCUGCGGCAGGCCCGGCGCUGGAAGCCUCCCAUCCGUGAAGCCCUUGGAGCAGGCAGCUGGCAGCUGGGCAGGUCGCCGAACUCGAGCCUUUGAGGCCUAUGAACGCGAGAUCCUCCUGCUUCGCAAUCGCAUCGCCAAGAAGGAUCAGGCAGGGGUCACCGGUUGUCAGGAGCUGACCGACUGCCACCUGGAGUGUGCAAGGCACAAGGCCAUCAAGCGCGACAGCACCAAGAUGGCCAACGAGCUCCAUAAGGCCCGGACCCAGCUGCAAGAGGAGCAGGACCGGAGCAAGGAGUAUAAGGCCCAGGCCGAGCAGUACAAGGCUCAGACGGAGCACCUCAAGGGCCAGGUGGACCAGCUGAAGGCGGCGGCGGGCGUGGAGCGCGCCGCGGCGUCGGAGCUGAAGGAGCUGAAGACACGGCACCAGGCGGAGCUCGAGGAGCUGCAGAAGGAGAGUCGCAGCACUGGCGGAACACUGUGGAGGAGCUGA